AAGAUUCGUUGUAGGAUUAUAGCACGCAAGCAACACACUCGAGUAACUGAAAGACGAAGCGAAGUCGUGUUAGACUUAAAAACUGCAUCAUGCUGUAUUUAGCUGUUCUUCUGGUAAUACCAACAGUGACGUCAUAUGACAGGACGUAUGCCUGCUUCUGCAACUUUGGAACUCGCCCUCUAGCGAUCAUUACCGGCAGCUACCAAUACAGGGGACAUUACUCCCCAAUUCAUGGUUUCCCGUCCCCAGACCAUGACCCCUCCGCCAAAUUGAAUGCACUGCAAAAUCCAAGAUUUGUAAAAGGACUCCUUCCCCACCUACUUCCGGGUCGAUGUUUGAAGCGCCACCUAGGAUACAAUGAAGCGCGUGCGGAAAUCUUUCCAGUUUCUGUGCUGGGGCAGGUCGGUUACAUACAUAGCAACAAGGCGGACGAAAUGUACAGGACACGCUGUGAUGCUUCGACAGGGAAGCCCAUCCCUAUGACCACACCCACUUCACAGACUACGCCCAAAUCUUUGCACGCCAACCCGUCAACUGAUCGACCCAAUCCUAUGUACACGACAAACCACUCAAUCAGCAAAAAUGAAUCAUACCUUCAAAGGAAAGAUCUGACCUGUUUUGUACAACUCUGCAUUGAUUGUCACUGCAAGUUUGGUAAGCUCACCCAGUCCAUGAUGGGGCUCGUGGGUAAGAGGACCAUAUGCUUGAUGUGCAAUUUUUGUUCCAUCGAUUGCAAUGCUACAGAGGCGGGAACGAUUACCACAGCGCACGUGGUUCCAGCGGCACAGAUACUGACUACAGCACCGGUACCCCUGCCGCCAGUGACGACACCUACUUUUGGGCCAGCCGGGUUAGGUGGCUGUGCCGAUUCGGUGGACAGCUGCGCCAUUCACAGCCGAUCUAUCUGUACGGCGUUUCCCGACUGGUCCAGACAAAACUGUGUAAAGUAUUGCGAGAUGUGUCCAUCAUUCGGGUACCCUAAACCCACAACUGGCCAUUGGCUGUCGUUUGGAAAUUCAUAAACAUGAAUUACGAGCUGCAUAUUUUCUUUUACUUCGAAAAUAAAUAUUUUUUUGU